AUGUCAAUACAGAGAGUCAUUUCCAUUAUAUUGGUGAUAAUGUGCUUACACAUUAGUACAUUAUUUGCAAGAUCCUCCGACUCUAAAAAUCAGCACUCAAAUGACAAUAGUCAUUCUCAGAUGCACAGACCGCCUUCAGAAGUGUCAAUUUUGCAUCCUAAGACAAAAUUAUCACGGGAACAAGGCUAUAACAAGGGUAUAUUUGAUACAUAUGUAGAUAGUCAGGAAUCAACUUUAGCUGCAGCUGUUUUGGAGUCCUCUGUCAGGCCAAAAACAAGCAGACGACAGUCACAGAAUGUGAGGCAAACACGUAGCAUAGACCGCAAGAAGUCUCGAAACGGUAGGAAACACAACAGAAACAAAUCUGGUCGAAAGAAGCAUAAGGGUCUCGAGCGGAUGGGAUUAAAACGAAAAUCAUGCCCAACGCGCACUGAAUACGUUUACAAAAAGACUGCAGAAGAUGUUUUUGGUGAUACUGUUGAUGUUUACCCUGUGAUACAAAUAGGAAAUCUUGCACUUGACCAGUACUUUUAUGAGACUUUCUGUGAUGUUGAAAAAUGCGAAUGUGCUGGGGUAGACACUACUAAAUACGAAUCUUCCUGCCGAACAACACAUAGCUACUCAUAUGCAAGGAUUGUAAAAAGUGGAGAAAUCGGAUGGGGUCUCAUUAAAGUUAGAUCAGGGUGUAGUUGUGUAGUAAACGAAAAAAGAAGAAGCGGUGGUAUGUCUAUUGCUGACCUUUUGACAUAA